UGGCACGCGGACGUUUAAAUCAGCAGCAGCUCUGUCAGCGUCCCGUACUUCAGUUUCAUUCAGCAGGGGAAGAAGUAGCCAGGAAGUCACGGUACCCCGAGCUAGUAACACCCCAUCUGGACCAGAAACAUGGCUUCAAAUAAUGGCUCAGUCGGCAAAUGGGAGGUAGUGAAGAAAGGGAAGAAAAAUAACAGUUCAGGUGGAGGGAAGAACCCGACUGACAAGAAAACCGGCGGCGGGGGAAGGAAAGCCCUGGGCGAAUCUAACCAGCCAUCCAGACCACCCCUGAAGAUGUCAGACACUCUGUACGACGGCUUUGAGAAGAUGGGAAAGAAACAGAACAAGGAGCAGGUUCCGCCACCAGCCGAGUCUGAGAAUAAGAAACCCUCAUCGAGUAAACAAGCCAAAAAAUCGCACUCCAGCAAUACAGUCACCCCGCCAACUCACAAGACCCUCGAGGAAGCCUUCAAAGCUCUGGAUAUCGGCGACCUGAAGCAGCAGUUGGCCCGCAGUCAGACCCUGUUUCCAGAAAACCCAUCAGUGUGGGUCAAGGACUUGGCAGGAUACCUCAACCUUAAUCUGACUGCACCAGAGACUGAGCCCACACUCAGCAGCUUUGCUCAUGACUACCCAUACUGCCUUACUGGAAAAGAGCUGAAGGGAGUGAUCAAAGGCCUCAUUGGACGUUGCAGUGACAUUCUGCCAGAUUUUUUUGACCACUGUGUUUAUACUAUGCUCAGGGAGCUGGACAGACAGUCAGGAGAACCUCUGCAUGGCUACAGAGUUUGCAUUCAGGCAGUUCUGCAGGACAAACCCAAAAUAGCCACCCAAAACCUGCCAGAGUAUUUGGAGAUGUUGCGGUCAGUUCAGAAUCGUCCAGCCAAGUGUUUGACCAUCAUGUGGGCUCUUGGCCAAGCUGGAUUUUAUGACCUCAGUCAGGGACUAAGAGUGUGGCUGGGAAUCAUGCUUCCUGUGCUGGGAGUGAAGUCCUUAUCUUCUUAUGCCAUUGCAUAUCUGGAGAGACUUCUCCUACUUCAUGCAAACCUGACUAAAGGAUUUGGUAUCAUGGGUCCUAAAGAGUUCUUUCCUUUACUGGAUUUUGCCUUCAUGCCCAAGAAUGCACUGUCAUCAAGCCUGCAGGAGCAGCUGAGGCGUCUGUACCCUCGACUGAAGGUCCUCGCAUUUGGAGCCAAACCUGAGAGCACAUUACACACAUACCUGCCAUCGUUUCUGUCCAGAGCCACACCACACUGUCCAGAUGACAUGAAAAGAGAGCUGCUCAGCAGUAUGACAGAGUGUUUGUGUGUGGAUGUGCAGAGUCUAGGAGUGUGGCGGCAGCUCUAUACAAAGCACUUACCCCAGUCCAGUUUGCUGUUGAACCAUUUAUUGAAUUCCUGGAAUAUCCUGCCACCAAAGCUCCGGAAGAACCUUGAAGAAACGAUCCAGUCUUUCAAAGUGACCAAUGAAGAGAUGAAAGACACAGUUGAAUCUCAGGACCUUCAGGAGUGCAAUAGCCUGUGCCAGAAUCUGCAGAUAAAGAUGCGAGGUCGUGGGUUCCCAUGGUCCAAACUGCUCAUGGUUCUGCUCGUGUUUGCUGCCGGCUUCAUCGCUCACGACAUCAGAUCGCACGGCUCCUUUGCAGAUUCCGCCACAGCCAGGCAUCUUCGCAACUCAGGGGUCACAGCCGUAUCUCAGCAAGCCUGGAGCAAAAUAAACGUCUACACCAAACAGGGCUUCAGCUGGCUGGAGACAAACACUCCUCAUUAUUACUCUGAGUGUGUGCGGAUUGUGGGACCACUCAUGGAACAAGGUCGUGAAAAGGCAAAAACAGCAGCCAUCUUCAUCUCUGAAAACACCACGCGGUUUCUUCUCUGGGUCAAAGAAAAGACACCGCAGGCCAUUGAAUGGGUUAACACCAACACUCCAGACGGUGUAUUCCAGGUGUUGGCCUAUAUAAAGGAGCUCCUCCUUUUCCUCCACCAUAACUACAUCCUACCAGCACUGGUGUAUAUAUCUGACCUGCUACAGCGAGCAUGGACCAGCCUACAGGAGUCCUGCAACGGUGAGGUGUCUGUAUCGUGUCUGCAGGGCCACGCUUUAUCCUUCACAAACUCCACGUGGCAGCUGCUCCAACACACAACCUCGGCCAUCAAGACGUGGGCUCAGGAGCUGCUGACACGACCGUGAUGAUCACAGAUGCUGGCUUAUUCACACACACAGAAAAUACACAUAUGAAGUUAUACUCUCUCACACACACACACACACUGACCCAAUCUGUGGCAGCCUUUCAGUGAGUUGGCUCCCCUCUCAAGCCAUGCCAGGUCACUGUGGGGUCAGGCAAAAGAACUCUUCCAUGAAAAAGACCCUGCUGUCUCUUGUUUUGGCUAAAUUUUUAAAUCAGUUUGCUGUUGUAUAGAUGUUUUGGGUUUUUUGUUUUUCUACCAAUCCUUUUGUCACUGCUGGAUGCAGAGGUCCUGUCUCUCUCUGUCCUUGAGUUUUCUACUGCAAAAUUUCAGCUAUUGCUUUCAUUUUUGGGAUUAAACAAAUAGUGUAAUUUAUAAAAACAAAUGUAGAUUUGUAGGUGAUUUAUAAAUUGUUUUUAUUUAAAGAUGUUAAAAGAAGUCUUAUGUGAAAACUUGGUGAAAGGCAGGGAACAGACCAAAAAAAAAAAAUCCAUAUUUCAGACUUCUCCUGGCCACCGAAGACCUUGUCAGCUAAUUUCUGAGGGCCACUUUAUCAUGUUUUCCAUGAAGUUGAAUCAGACGCAGUGUGGUCGUGUAGGUCAGGCUCAUUAAAGCCUUCGUCAAAUGUGAAGAGCUGUCUACUGGGCAGCACACAAUGCAAAACCUGUGGGGAAAAGGUCACGUCUGCCAGUGGACUGACAACUUCAGUCCAUUUGGAGUCAACAAAAAUGGGAUACAAGCAGUUUCACUUCACUUCAAAAGGUCCAGAAGAAGAAAUCUACCUGCUGACUUGUCUGUCCCGCACAUCUCCUCGUCUUGUCUUUGCUGCUUCAUCGUCUCACUGCUGAUCAUUUUGCUUUUCCUUUGCCAUCAGUAGCUGAACACCUGAGAUAAAAGCAGCUCUGCAGUCGUGUAUUCAUACUUGAAAGCUGAUGAUGUUCUGUGUGUGUGUGUGUGUAUGUGUGCGUGCGUGCACGUUAUUCUCAAUUAUGGGGUCAUGAGUAACCCUGUGCCAAUGUCCCCCUGUACCUUGAAGUAUGACUAAUAAUAAAAACCCUCGUCUGGGCAAGGCAAAUAUUUCUGACCAGCUGAUACACUAACCCCACCUUGUAAAUGAGAUGACAAAUGUCUUAAUUUGUUAUGUAAAUGGUUUAUAAUAAAGACUACAACCCA